UUUUCUGUCAUAUAUUGGUAUUUUUUAGGGAUCGAUUUCUAUAUAUUCUAUCCAUAAAAAACCACCAAGAUUAUUAAUUUACACCAGGGAAAACAAUGGAGAAGAAUAAAUCUAAGGGCUAUUUCAUAUAAAAAAAAAAUAAAGGGCUAGUGGAGUGCAUUAAUUAAGUAGCAGAAGAGGACAAAAUUUCAACGAUCAAAUUGGAGGUUUGCCCGAACAAGAGAAACUCUAUAUAACAAAAAAAUUAAGAAAAGGAGAAAGAUCAAACAAUUUCCUUUGUCUAUAUAACGAAACCGGGCCAGGCAGGCAACAAGUGUCACUUAAACCAAAAAAAGAAAAAAAAAAUGAUCAAAAUGAAGUCUGAAAUUGUUUCCAGGCAAACCAUAAGGCCCUGUAACCCAACACCUCCGUACUUGAAAACCUUCAAGCUGUCCCUUCUAGAUCAAAUCUCCCCUGGCAUCCAUGGCAAUAUGACCUUCUUUUACCCUUCUAAUGAAACCACUGAUGAUUUCUCCGACAAAUCUAAGCUCCUUCAAGAUUCAAUUUCCAAAACACUCUCGCUCUUCUACCCACUGGGCGGACGUCUCCGGGACGCUGCUACCAUUGAUUGUAACGAUGAGGGUGCUUUCUUUGUCGAAGCCACAGUCAACAUCAAAUUAUCUGAGUUCCUUAAUCAACCUGACUUUAAUCUGAUGGACCAUUUCUUACCUACUACUGAUCCCGAAACCAUGGAAUUGUCCAAUGGUGCCAUGUUUCUCGUUCAGCUCACUCGCUUUACUUGUGGUGGUGUGGCUAUUAGUCUCUCUCUUACUCACAAGCUCGCUGAUGUAUCAGCACUGCUCACUCUCCUCCAGAGCUGGUCAUCGGUUUGUCGCGGAUUGAGUGACCCUGUGACGCCUGAUCUCAUUGGAGAAAAAUUUUUGGCACCCAGAGAUGAACUUUCUGCCAUGUCUGCAUCUCUUAAUAUUGAAGCUGAGAAGUUUGUGCUGAGGAGAUUUGUAUUUAGUGCAUCAAAGAUUGCAGAAUUGAAGGCUAAAGUCGAUCAGGAAUUUCAAAAUGUGUUGCAAAGCCAUCCGUCUCGAGUGGAGGUGGUGUUGGCCCUAUUAUGGAAAUGUGCCGUAGCUACUAAGAAACUAAAAACAGGAUCAUUCGGGCCAACGGCAUUGUUUCAAGCUGUCAAUUUGCGGAAAAGGUUGUCUCCCCCGCUACCAGAAACUGCAAUUGGGAACUUUAUAUGGCCAUUUAUGGUGAUUGCACAUGAAGAAAAAGAUUUAGAGCUAGAUAAGCUAGUGAUUCAAAUGAGAAAAUCCUUCAACGAAUUCAAUAACACAACGGCCAAUAUGUUCAGGGGCGAAGGGGCUCCUUUGGCAAUCAUGGGAGCCUUGAAAGAGAGAGGAGAGUUCUUCAGAAACAACAGAGAAGUGACAGUUUAUAAGUGUUCAAGUUGGUGCAAGUUUCCCUUAUAUGACACUGAUUUUGGGUGGGGAAAGCCGCUAUGGCAUGUCAGUAUAAACAAAUUGGUGACUAAUACAAUUGCUUUCGCUGACACACGAUCCGGUGAUGGAAUUGAAGCUCUCUUGACUUUGGAUGAGGAAGAAAUGGCAUUAUUUGAACAAAAUGAAGAGCUCCUCAAAUAUGCUACUCUCAAUCCCAGCAUUUACGGUUGAUUUUUGUCUUUUCGCAAUUAUGUGAUCAGAUUAUGUCUAAGAGAAAAUGCUUCCCUUAUGGUAAUUGAAAAGUAGUUAAAACUUAAAGCAAUAUGGAAUGUCCGAUACAAUAAGUUCUUCGAGCUGAAUGCUACAAAAACUUUCUUGUUGUAAACUUUGUUGUAAAUUUUGUUGCAUAUUCUUAUUGUUGUAAACUUUGUUGCAUAUUCUUAUUGUUGUAAACUUCGAGCUAUAUCUUGUUGUAAACUUUGUUGCA